AUGGUAACUUCCAUACCCUAUUAUGCUCAAGGGAAUGGCCAAGCAGAGGCUUCAAAUAAAGUUGUUAUUGAAAUUAUUGAGAAAAUGAUAAAAGACAAGCCGAGGCGUUGGCAUGAAACCCUUUCAGAAGCUUUGUGGGCUUAUAGAAAUUUGAAGCGAACAAGUACUAGGACAACUCCUUAUUGGCUUACAUUUGGCCAUGAUGCUGUGCUGCCAAUGGAGUUAAAUGUGAAAUUGGCAAGAGUAGCUUUGCAACACAAUCUUAUACCUGCCGAUUACAAUCAAGCUAUGCUUACUGAGUUCGAGGAUUUAGAUGAAGUUCAGAAACUUGUUUUAGACCACCUUAUGGUCUAUAAAGAAAAUGUAAUGAAGGCCUACAACAAACGGGUGAAGUUUAAGUCAUUUGAAGAGGGUGAUAUGGUGUGGCAAACAAUUUUUCCACCUGGAAAGGUGAGUAGAGUUUAUGGAAAAUGGUCACCUACUUGGAAGGGCCCAUAUCUGGUUCACCAAGUAUUGCAUAGAGGAGCUUACAAGUUGAAAAAUUUAGAUGGUGAAGUGCAUGAAAGGCCAAUAAAUAGAAGGUACCUUAAAAAGUACAAGCCAACUAUUUUUGAGCUUAUGGAAGAAAAGAAAUUUCCAGUUAAGUCAAAAUAG